AUGGCGGAUGACACUGUCCAGUUAGAAGAUUACAGUACAAACGCACAGUGGGAUAUACUUUCUACCAAUGUUUCAUAUGUAAACGAGACGGCAGGCGCUUACGUUGAUCUGAUAUCUUUCAAAAUAAAGCUGCAACGAAAGCCAAGACAUCCUUUGAUAACAUUGUUCCUACCGAUAAUUCUUCUGGCUGUUUCGGAGAUUUUCGUGUUUGCCUUACCAAGUGACGGAGGAGAAAAGUCUGGGUAUGCCGUAACAGUUUUCCUAGCAUUUGCCGUCUUUCUCACUAUUGUUAACACAGCAAUGCCAGCAAAUUCGGAGAAAGUAUCUAUCUUUUCCGUAUAUCUGGUAAUCCAAACUGCACAAAGCACACUGAUCACAAUAUUGUCACUGCUAUCCAUACGAUGUGCGUCUCUGGACGAAACAACCAGGAUCCCAAGCGGGUUGGCUGCUCUAGUCAGGCUGUCGCAAUGUGGAUGCAAGGAGACAAAUGCCCCAAAGUCGAAUAGAAUUAGAAAUAUGGACGAAGUCAGUGAAGUUGAAAAGAACGGUAGUUCAUGCAGUCUCGACGAUCAGGAAGAAACAGAGACAUGCAGUUGGAAAAUGGUGACGGAUGCUGUUGAUAAGAUAUGCUUCAUGGUUUUCUCGGCUGUUUUUGUGAUCACAACUACUGUUUGUUUUUGUGUCAUUUUCUUGGCACCAGACUAG